CCUCUUCCAAAAAGGAAUUAAUUAUGCCUGAAAUAUCAGGAUUUAAAUUUGAAGAUAUGGAUACGGAGCUGGAUAUGAUGGAAAAAUUAGGAAUAUUUCAAAAUAAUGACAGAAGUGGGUUACUGAAAAGAAGAAAAGUAUUUGAAUAUAAAAUUAAUAAAUUUCCCAAAUCAAAGGACAAGAUAUUGGGAUAUAUUAAUCAUGAAAUUGAUUUACUGAUGAAAGUCAAGCAAAAAUGACAAGAAAAGGGAUUACUACAAAAGAAAAGUAAUUUGGAGUAUCGUAUUGCACACCGCAUUAACAGGAUAUAUAAUCUUGCUAUACAAAGAUUUCCAAACGAAUGCAAAAUAUGGUUGGGUUAUAUUAAAUUUUGUAAGAGAAUGAAAUUUUAUACUUGUGUCAGCCGUUUAUUUGAUCAGAUGUUGGAAUUAGGUGAUCAAAAACCAGCUUUAUAUAAAUUAGCUGCUAAUUGGGAAUUUGACGAGUGCCAUUCAAUAGAACGUGCUCGCAAGUUCAUACGAGAAGGUCUUCUCAUUCACAAAGAAUCUAAAUUACUCUUCAAAGAAGCAUUUAGUCUUGAGCUGUCGUAUAUUAACCAGAAAAUGGAACAAUCAAAAGAGCAAGGGGAAAAUGAGCAUAACAAUUCGCUGAUUGAUCCACUAAUUGAAGGGAAUUUAGCUGAGGUUAUUUAUAAUUCUGCUGUAAAAACGAUAAGUAAUGUUUCAUUUCUCAUAGAUAUGCUAAAUAUCGCCCAAGAGUACAGUUUUACAUCUUCACUUCAGGAUAAAAUAUUAGAAAUGAUGAGAAGCAAGUACCCUAAAGAAGAGGUUACUUGGGACACUCUUGCAAGAAGAGAACUUGAGCUGAGGGGUACACUAAAGGAAAGAAUAGGGAAAUGCAUCUCUGUCUAUGAGAAUGGGAUUCGAAAUGUGCCAACUAGAAAAAUGUGGUCACUUUAUCUUAAUUAUGUUCUUGAAAUAAAUGAAGACCUUACAACAUUACCUACUUAUAAGAAAAAAUGUUUAAAGAAUGUUUUUGAAACCGCUCACAAAGAAAACAUGCUAUCAGAAAAACACUAUUUGCUCUGGGUGAAGAAAGCUGAGAAUGUAGACACCUGCAAAGUAUUACAAUGGGGGACUGAGAACUUAUGUUUGAGCAGUAAACUAUGGUCGUGGAGAUUGCGCUACCACCUCGGCAAAUCUGACAGCGAAGGAGUUAGAGCUGUUUUAAAGGAAAUAAGCUCCAACCCAGAUAUCCCAGAUCAAGUCAAUCUCUGGUUGCUAGUCCUCAGGUGUUACCAAAUCAUUGAUUCUAACGAGGCUGAAAGACUAUGGGAUGAAGGCGUUAAAGAUCCCAUCGUCGGUGCAGUUCUAAAGGGUCGAUAUAUUGAAUGGUUGGCCAUGAAAAAAGGGAAUUCAUUUGCUAGGAGAGUAGGUAAAAUCCUCUCGGCAACGCCUCCUUUAUCAAUUGACAUCUACGAAGUUAUGUUGGAUAUGGAGAAUGCACAAUCAAAAUACAGUGCAAAAAUUCUUCAGGAGAUUUAUGACAAAGCUUUAGAGGAGUAUGGCAAAACGAACACGGGUUUGUUUAGUUUCUUUUUGCAGUUAAAUUUCAAGCACAUGAAUUUUUUAAUAUUUAGUCUUUGAAAUUAUUCUUUUUUAGAUAUUUGGAUGAGGUAUAUAAAAUUUGUGGCUCAAGAGAGUAAAGGAUCCAAACCGAAAAUUACCAAAGUAUAUGACCAAGCUGUCCAAACUCUAGAAAGUGAAUUGGUCGAUGUUUUUAUCUCUGAAUAUCGACUAAACGAGGCUGAAAUAUUAAGGAGUAACAGACGUUUGCUGACCCAAUUAUAAAUUCCUGAUGCAUCUAAAAAGUCCAUUUUCGCUGUAAUUUUACCUAUUUAAUUCUUGGUUUAUCAGAAUUGAAACUAAAAUCAUUCUAAAGAGGAUUUUAUGAUCAAGA